AUGGCUGUCGAAUCAGAAGAAGUUCACCAUGAGUCAUCUGAAGAAUACGACUCUGAAGAAUACGAAGAUGAUGAGGAGGUGCUCGAUACUGAGCACAUAUAUGUGGAAAUGGAAGAAGAUGAUUUCAAGACACAGUGUAAAGAGAGAUGCAAGGAUGCUUUCCUUAACUUCAGUUCUGAUUAUGAAGAUAAUGAAGCCGAUGAAGACAAUGACUUAGUUGAUGAAGAUGAAGAAGGGUUUGGUUCAGAAGAGGAAAUCGAUGACACAUCAGGGGCUAAUGAUCUUGAUUUGGGAGAUGCGGUUGGUGCAGGCUUCCCCAUUCACGACCCAUCAGUUAAGUGGAAUAAGAUGAAGCCCCUUCUUGGUGAAAGGUAUGAAUCACCACAUCAGUUGCAACAAUGUCUCACUAAUUAUGCUAUUAAGUCAGGUUAUAACAUUAAAUUUGCGAAGUGUGACACUGUGAGAUUAACUGCCAAAUGUGGUUCUAAGAUGAAGUCUCAACCCUGCCCAUUCAGAGUUCAUGCUUCCUGGAUGACUCAAGAAAGGUCUUUUCAGAUUAAAACCUUAGUCGAUGAGCACAAAUGUGUUAGAAAUUUCAAUAUUUCAAAUUUACUGAGUCCCAGAUGGCUAGCAAGACACUUUUUGAAGGAGUUGAUAAUGAAACCUAACUUGAAGUGUAAGGAGAUGCAAUCAAUAAUUAGGACCAAAUUUCAUUGUGGUGUGUCUUGGUCUAAGGAUUACAGAACAAGGUGUAGAGCAAUGACCAUUAUAGAUGGUAAACUCACAGAACAUUAUGCUAGGGUGUGGGACUAUUGCCAUGAGUUACUAAGGUCAAAUCCUGGUAGCACUGUCCAAGUUGGUGUCACUGAAGGUUGGAAAAUAGGGUGUCGUAGGGUAAUUGGUCUAGAUGGAUCUUUCUUGAAAGGGACAUGUAAAGGAGAAUUACUCACAACAAUAGGGAGGGAUGCAAACAACCAAGUUUAUCCAAUUGCCUGGGCAGUUGUUAACAUUGAAAACAAAGCUAAUUGGAAAUGGUUUCUGGAACUGCUCACAGAGGAUCUUAAUCUGCUAGAUGGAGGAGGGUUUACUGUAAUUUCUGAUCAACAUAAGGGAUUGCUUGAAGCAACCAAGGAAAUCCUACCAAAUGUGGAGCAUAGACAGUGUGCAAGACACAUAUAUGCUAACUUUAGGAAGACCUAUUCUGGAGUGGAGUUCAAGAAUAUGUUCUGGGCAGCUUCCUUAUCAACUGUAGAAAGUGAAUUUCUGAGGAAAAUGGAUGAUAUAAAAGAGGUUAAUCCAAAUGCUUAUGAACAUUUGAUCGCAAGAGAUCCUCACACAUGGUGCAAGACAUAUUUUAGGACUGAUGUAGCAUGUGAGGCAGUUGAAAAUGGCAUUGCAGAUUGCUUCAACGUCAUCAUAUUGGAUGCUAGAAAGAAACCCCUUCUAGCAAUGUUUGAAGAAAUUAGGUUGUACAUGAUGGAUAGGUUCUACCAUAUGUUACAAAAGGCAGAAAAGUGGGAAUUAGUGGUUUGUCCAGCUGCUAUAAAAAAAUGA